AAUUAAGAAUGAUGAGGAUUCGUUGCAUUUCUGAAAGACAGAUCUCUGACCAUAUAAUUAUGCUAUUACUUCAAAAGUAGAAUUAUGGCUGCUGCUGCUGUUACUCCUGAAGUCCUCAAGUUGACUGAGACUAUCGACUACACCAAUAAGCAUCCUCUUCAGAACAAAUGGACUUUAUGGUUUGAUAAUCCUGGCAAGAAGACUAAUGCCCAGUCUUGGGCCGAUAAUUUGAAGGAGAUCAUUACCGUCGAUACAGUAGAAGACUUCUGGAGCACCUUCAACAAUGUCGCUAAGGUCAAUCACCUCACUCCUAACGCCAAUUACCAUUUCUUUAAGGAAGGUGUUCGUCCUGAAUGGGAAGAUCCCGCUAAUGCUGAAGGUGGUAAAUUCACUAUUCAAUUUCCUAAAACCAAAGCAGGUGAAGCCAUCAACGAAUAUUGGAUGUCUAUUCUUAUGUCCGUUGUCGGUGAACAAUUAGCCACUGAAGAAGAAAUUUGUGGUGUUGUUGUUUCUAUUCGUAAGAGUUUUUAUAGACUUGCUUUGUGGAUCAAAACUUCCAAAGACGAAGAAAAGAUUGAAGCACUCAGAUCUGAGGUUAGACAAGCCCUCAGUCUCCAUGAAGAAAUUCCUAUUGAAUUUAGCGUUCAUGCCGACGCAACUGCUAAGGUUACGGCCUCUUUGGCUGCUACGUCUUUAGACGAGAAUGAAAAGGCCGCUUCUGAAGGUGAAAACACUGACAAGGCUGAAGAAGCUCCUGCCAAGUCUGAAGCUUAGAUAUAGUUUGUUACCAUUUCUUUAAUCUUCCCAUUAUCUGUUAAACAUUCUUUUAAUUAAUUUUAUGGAAUAAACUCUAGCCAUCAUUGUUAAUUUUUUAUAUACAUCUUUAAUU